AUUGGGGUGUCCAACUUUUUCACUGUCACACUUUCUUACGUGUGGGUCAGGUUGGACCGUAUCCAGUGGAAAAAUGUCGCAGUAUUCUGGAAAGAUAGUGUUUUACGAGGGAAGGUGCUUCACUGGAAGGAAGCUGGAGGUGUAUGGAGACUGUGAUAACUUCCAGGACCGCGGUUUCAUGAACAGGGUGAACUCCAUCCGUGUGGAGAGCGGCGCUUGGAUCUGCUACGACCACCCUGACUUCAAGGGUCAGCAGUACAUCCUGGAGCGUGGAGAGUACCCCGAGUUCCAGCGCUGGAACGCCCACAAUGACCACAUGGGUUCCUGCAAGCCUAUCAGGAUGCACGGAGAGCACUACAGGAUUGAGCUCUUCGAGGGUUGCAACUACACGGGUCAGUGCAUGGAGCUGUGUGACGACUGCCCCUUCCUGCAGAGCUGCGGUUUCGGCAGGACCUGCGUCAACUCUGUCAGGGUGUUUGGAGAUGGAGCCUGGGUGAUGUACGAGGAGCCUAACUUCCGUGGCCGUAUGUACAUCGUGGAGAGAGGAAACUACUGCGGCCACAACGAGUGGCAGGCCCAGAACCCCAACAUCCAGUCCAUCCGCAGGGUUGUCAACUACUUCUAA